AUGGUCAAGACAAACUGUACAAUAAUAUCAAAUUUUAUUUUUCUGGGAUUUUCCCACUACCCGAAAGUUGAGAUCAUCGUAUUUGUGCUGUCCCUGCUGAUGUACCUGAUCACCUUGCUGGACAAUAUUAUUCUGAUCUCCAUCAGCAUCCUGGAUUCCUACUUGCACACCCCCAUGUACUUUUUUCUCAGCAACCUCUCCUUUCUGGACAUCUGCUACACGUCUUCUGCUCUGACUCCAAUGCUGGCAAACUUUGUUACAGGGAAAAACAGCAUCUCAUUCUCAGGAUGUGCUGCCCAGAUGUACUUCUUUCUUGCCAUGGGCUCCACUGAGUGUGUGAUCCUAUCCACGAUGGCGUAUGACCGAUAUGUAGCCAUCUGUAACCCCCUGAGAUAUCCCAUGAUCAUGAACAGGAGGGUUUGUGUACACAUUGCAGCUGGCUCCUGGGUGACGGGCUGCCUCACUGCCCUGGUAGAAACUGUGUCUGUGCUGCAGUUGUCUCUCUGUGGUAAUAACAUCAUCAAUCAUUUCACCUGUGAAAUUCUGGCUGUCUUGAAACUGGUUUGUGUAGACACCUCCAUGGUAGAAUUCUUUAUGCUGGUGAUUAGUGUACUUCUCCUUCCCAUGCCAGUGCUCCUCAUUUGUAUCUCCUAUGCCUUCAUCCUCUCCAACAUCCUGAGAAUCAGCUCAGUGGAUGGACGAAGCAGAGCCUUUUCAACAUGUGCAGCCCACCUGACUGUGAUAGUUUUGUUCUACGGGACAGCUCUCUCCACGUACCUGAAGCCCUCAGCUGUAGAUUCACAGGAAAUAGAUAAAUUUAUGGCUUUGGUAUAUGCUGGAUUAACCCCCAUGUUGAAUCCUAUCAUCUAUAGUCUACGGAACAAGGAGGUAAAAAUGGCUGUGAAAAGAGUGCUGGUUAGAAACCCUCUUUGUGCUCUCUUUAUUCCCAGUAGCAAAUAAUAAUGAUCAACAUUAAUGAAAGGAUUGUUUAGGUGUCACUUUACUCCAAAAAAUCGGGGUGGUAGAGGAAGACACACAUUUUAAAUGAGAUAUGUUAUUUCCUAAGUCUCCUCUUGACUGACCACUGAAACUCUUAGGUAACAUAAAGAUAUCUUACCUAAACAUAUCUGAAACAAUUACAUAAAUAGGUCCAUGAUAAGAAAUUUUAUUUUUUGGGAGACUUAUAAAGAAUAUAAAAUCAACCGUAAAGCUAGUCUAUUAUUGAAUAUUCAAAAUUUUAUACAUGUAAUAUACAAAUGUAAUAACUCUAGUAGAUUUUUGAGCUAAUUUAUGAUUAAUCUCUUUGUUUUGGCAGAGCUAUA